AUGGGAGCCUUCAAGAUCGACUAUGGUGCGAUUACGGAGCGGAACCGCAAGCACUCGCCCUUGCUACGCCUGUCAGGCGAGAUCCGCAACCAUAUCUACGCAUACGUUUUCGGCGGCAACAUACUCGUACCGACUUUAGACUCCUUCCGCAGUGGGCCCAUUGCGAAUCCUUUUCUCGCGAACGGAAGUCGGUGGAUUACCCUGCGAGCAUUAACCUAUGUUUUUCGAGAGUUGUACGCAAAGACAAAACUAUUGCCUUGUUCUCUCAAUGUCCUUUGCAUCAGUCAGUCCGAGCUUGGUCUCGACAAAUGGUGCGAGUUAUUGGCACAGCGCCAACCAUCUACUGUGCAAAACGCGGCCCCCACGAAAGCGACGAAGCCACCUACCAAGCGGCCGAAUGCAACACCCUCGAGCGGCAUUAUCAAGAACGGGAACGCAGUGAAAGGCUCCAAAGCGACCUACACCAAGUGGCUAACGCUCCAGGCGGCGCUGGCGAUGUGA